AUGAGCGGCCCAAUGUCCUCUCCUCUGACCUUCAUACCGAGAAAGCUGACUCGGCCCAAAUCUUCUCUCCGGCCUGCGACAGUCUCCAAAAAUGCUGAAGCGACCUCUCUUCCAACUGCAGCGUGCCCCACCAUCACAGCGAAGGAGAAGGGGAAGGACAGAGCCCUAGAUGAGGAUGAACGUGUGCAACAUCUAGGUCGAACGAAGACGAAACAAACAACCAAAUUUACCGAUGAAGAUCAUGCCUCCCUUGUGUGUCUCGCUCUUUCGGACUAUGCAUUAUGGUCUGACGCGGAUCUGCGGCGAAGAAUUGAUCAAGGACAGUUGCAGGCUGUAGCAUUGGGCGAAGAGUCUGGAGAGGGAACUGGCAACGCGACAGCGAUUGACCAGGAUGCAGGAUAUAUACCACUUAGCUACCUCAUCAAGCACUCGCACGUUCUUUCGCCCAUUCUCACUGGUAUUCCCGAAACGACAAUCAUAAAGGCCAUCCGUACCUACGCGGCAGAUUUUAUUGACGUUAGGCUCUCGUUUGCGGCCCCUUCGUCUUCUGGAUGGUAUCGCGACGGGUCUGGCUCAAGGCCUUCACAAGGAGGUUACGAGGUACUUAGAAAAGACUGGGCUACAACUUGUCGGAAUGCGUCUAGCACGAAUUCCAAGAGUGAUUGGAAAAACCUGACGGUAUAUAUGGAGAAUAUUCCGAUACAGUACCGCAGUAUUCCUGGAAUCUGUCGAUUUACGCAGCUAUUGCUAGCUCACCCAGUCGCCUCGAAAGGCAUGAGCGACCACCCAUCUCCAACGCGCGUCCAGCACGUCUCCCUCCCUCCUCACCACCAAGAUAACGCGGGAGAUCAGCCUGUGUGUAAAGGCUUUGCGCUAGUCACGCUCCAAACACAAGAGGACGUUGAAAAGCUUGUACAAGUUUGGAAUUGGGAUCGUGACGAUGUGAAUGAUGAAACAGGCGAAGAAACAGAAAUUGCCAAAGAGGCAUUGAAAUUCGGUUUCAGAACUUUGCCUAAAGCACGGUGGGACGAGCUCAAGGCGGAAUAUCUGCUUUACCGAACGCAGCUUGUUGAUGAAAUUAACAAGUUUCAGGAUAAGAGUGACGCUGCAUUGGGACAAAUAGUUGGAGGAACCUUGUUAUCAAUGCUAUCCGACGGAGAAGAGACGAGACCUCUAAGCGUAGCUGGGAAAACGAAGCGACAGUCGGAAAAGGUGGCAGAGCUGGACAAGGAGGGGGAAGAAGGAAGCACUGAGCACCAAACUGGGGACAACGGGAGUCCAGUAAUCGACCAAUGGUCGCCUUACCCCUAUGGCUGUCUUUUAUUUGCCAAGAACGUGCACCCGGAGACCAACAAAACUACACUGCGAGCCCUAUUUUCACAGGCAUCCAAAGCCGCCUCUUGCCUGGAUAACGCAGGAGACGCAUUGGACUAUGUGGACUUUAACAAAGGCAUGGACACUUGUUAUCUCCGCGUGAGCACCCCUGCGCAUGCACGUCUCAUCUCACAGCACUUCACACAAAAUUCAACUGUUCAAGACCGCGGAUUGGACGAUUCAGGCACCUCAAUCUCAUCGAUGGACUCCGGAAUGAAGCCCAUUAUAAUUGAGGUGGUGGAAGGGAAGAGGGAGGAGGUUUAUUGGCAGAAGGUGCCGGAUAAAGUGAGGAGACAGGCUGUGGAAAAGGUCAUUUUGGCUUUGAGUGGCGGGACUGGAGGUGAUGGUGGUAAAGAGGAUAUUGAGAGAGACGCGGGAAGGCAGAGAAAGAAGAGGCGGAAACGUUGA